AUGCAAGUGAUUUGGUUAAGACAGAUCAAAGCUUUGUUCCAAAAUCGGCGAGGAAAAAUAUCGGGGUUCGUGACGGAUGGAGAUAGUAUCAACGCCAGUGGGUAAGUUCUGCGAUAGUUACUCCUAUCGUGAUAACCGUCCCUAAUUAGUGCCUGAUGUCACAAUUCUUUCUGUAAUGACGAGGAAAUUCCCACAAACCCUCGAGUCCUUCUCUCUCCAUGUUUUCUGCAUCACAACAAAGUUACAUUUCUACUGAGCUUCGUUUCUCGUUUCGACAAUGCGUCCUUCAGUCCUUUAACAGUCACUUCGUACUGCGAUAUUUUCUGUUAUUGUCCCCUAACACAUCUAAUCCAGCACUGAGAACGAAGCCAAAUCCAAUAUGCGUUUCUCAAACCUCCUCGUUUCGCUUGAGAUAGCCCUCCUCGCGGGGGUUGAGCAAGUAAUGGCUGGCCCAGGUGGAUAUGUGAGCCUAGUAAAUGCAUCACCCUACGACUGGGUGCUUGUUUACAAGCAUGAAUACCAAAUGGAUUGGCAGCCUAGGGAUGUUAUCCCAGCAGGUAAGACUCUGGAAUACACCUCCGAUUUUUGCACACAUAACUAAUUAAGAUUCUUAGGCACCGCCCAUCUACAAUAUUUCGAAUACUGGUACCACCAUGGCGACACUGGAGACUGCGCUGCUGAAGCAACGUAUGUUAUGCACGGCAGUCCCGUCAAGCAAAAAAUGACCGUUCAGGCUCGACAGAACGGCGGCGGAAAAAGGAUUGAGAUUCAAUACCUCGAUUCCCUCAGUUCUCUCAACAACCCCGAGAACUCGCUUAUCAAUCUUGGCUACGUUCAUGAUGGAGCUGUCCAGUUCGUGCUCGCUAGCAAUGAUGGAGUAUCAUACGUCUCCAGUAACCCUCCCGUCGCUUGGAUGCAAUCCACUCUCCCAGCCAUCGGCUCCAAGACCUUGCGGACGCUUUCAAUGCCUGCCAGUCAUGAUUCUGGAAUCUCCGAGUUGACUUACCAAUGGACUGGUAUCCCACAUAAUACACAGACUCAAUCUGUGCACGUCUACAAGCAACUUCUAUACGGAGCAAGAUUCUUUGACAUUCGUCCCGUCUUGUACUACGGAAAUUGGUACUGUGGCCAUUUCAGUCAACUCAGCACCGAUGACUGGGUUGGUGCUACGGGACGAACUCUUGACCAUAUCAUUGAUGAUAUCAAUCGCUUUACCUCUGAACAUCCUGGGGAACUCAUCAUUCUUGACAUCACUCAUGAUGCCAGUAUUGAUCGGUGGUGGGCUCGUCUCAACGAAGAUGAAUGGCAAAAUCUCUAUGUUAAGCUCUCUGCGAUUAAUGACCUCUGGGUUCCAGAAAAUGGCAAUCUGCCUUAUGACAUUUCAACCUCACCGAUCAAUUCAUUCAUCAAGCCAGGUUCAAAGUCUGCCGUCAUCAUUCGAAUUCCAGCGUCUGCUCCUGCACCAGGUAGUAAUACCUCAAAGCGUGGCAUGCAGAUUGCCCCUAGAAACCGUCCAGAUCAGGGUACUCUUGUCGAUCCCAAUAUCUACGAUACUUUCAAUCAUGAGGAGAUUCCAGUUCUCGACAAGGAAAACGGAUAUGGUGUCCCCAACACCACCUUAUCAGCACGGGAACUCGAGCCAGCUCACAACUUGUCAACCGUUACUCCAAGAGCAGCCUCUGGACCAUGGCAACAAGCUUUCAUCUCCACAAACCGAUUUCCUCUAUCUGGAUCUUAUGCCGAGACCCGCUGGCCAGCUAUCAUGUCUGCCAAUCAAUUGGAUAAGCUCUCUUCUCAGGGAUCGGAAAAUGAUGCUCCUCAUAUGGGGUUUUGGACUUUGACUCAGUAUUGGACUGACAUCACGGACUUUGCUACUCCAAGACACAGUAUCAUCAAUAUGGCCAAAAAAGCAUAUCGUGCUCUCUUUACUGAUUUGUGGCCAGCUAUGAGACGGGAGAAUAAGUGGCCAAAUCUCAUCAUGGCAGAUGAUAUCCACAAUACUGAAGUAGCAGCACUCUGCAUGGCCAUCAAUUCCUACUUUCCUCAUGCUCCAUCCGAAGUACAGAAGCGUCAAUUGAUUUCUCCAGUUCAAGGAAAUGGUACCAGAUCCAUGGACCACAACCGCUGUGAAGUCCAGACUCGCGAGCGCAACGAGGCAGAGCUCAAACACUUGGUAUCUGAACAACAAAAUGCCCUACAAAGCCUUCAAGAGUACCAUGAGUCACAGGCUAAGACACUGGAUUUUGAUCUCGUGGAUGAGGACACGAAAACACGCCGAGUGAUGGCUCAAGAAUUUGAAGACCUCCAUCAACGCCAGAAGUCCGAAACCAUAUCUGUGAACAGCAGAUUGAAUAAAGACAAGGAGAUGAGCGCUGAAGAAAAGAAACGCAUAAGAGAUGAACUAAUUGAUGCACAAGCCAAGGAACGUCUUCGUAUUGCUAAUAUGCAUGCGCAAGCACUGCAGAACAUGAGAAUGCGAGGCGGGGAUCUUGGGACUGAGUUGAAAGCCCGACAAGCUGCUGAGACGAAAGCGUUCUUGGAGAGACAGGCGAAGGAGUUGGAAGAGCUGAAGAGGGAACAGGAAGAGUUCCUUAACCAGGUAUUAAAGUACUACUUUGGAGAUGGGAGAACGCCUUACUGUCCAAAGACCAGAGACGAUUUCCCCAUUCCAGAGAAUACGUAUAAACCUGCAAGACUUUCUUACAGUAAGAAGGUCUUAAAACCGGUAUAUACGAGCGUAUAUAGCUCUGCUCGGAGACGUUCUUACGUUGUUGUCCCAACUGGUGCAUAUCACGCUGCCGCGAGUCCAUAUGCUCUAAGCAAGGCUUACUCGACAUCGGGUCGAUACCAUGCUGCUCCAACUGGUGGGUAUAAAUAUGUUCCAAAGCCAUACUAUCCAAUUGCAACUGGAGCCUACUACGUUCCCUCGAAGCAAGGUUACCCAACUGGAGCCUACUACGCUCCCUCGAAGCAAAGUUACCCAACUGGCGCCUACCACAUCCCCUCGCAGCAGAGCUACCCAUCUGGGGCAUACAACCCAAGUCCAAGGCCAGGAAACGCAUACAACAGGCCGUACUACCAAGUCCCCUCCAACCAAAGCGUCAUCCAAACCAACGCCUACGGAUCCCCCAAACCAUACCAAACCGCUCCAGUCAACGCCCUCUACCCCAAUAUCACCACAACAACAGUCACCCAAGCGUACGGUACCAACGUUCUCCCUCCCUACCCAACAACAUUCUGCAACACAACAGUCUUCCCAGUAGCAACACAAACAGUGACUCUCGUCAACGGAACAACAACGCUCAUCCAAUACAGUACACUCACCACUUCCGGCAAUGCAACCGAGCCACCUCUGGAACCGACCACGAUUACCGUUAUUGGUGGCACGACGACGUUUACGGUGUUUAGUACGCAUACUGUGUAUGGGACUCUACCUGGGUUUUCGAUGAGUACCUCUUUUGUUCCGACAGGUAUGCCAACGACAACACCAUCACCAUUGUUAACACCAACACCAACAUCAACGUCAACGCCAACUCCGACGUAUGCUACGGCUGGUGGGGGACGAGUUGGAGGUUGGGGAGUUGGUGGAUUGGUUAUUACUUGGAUGUUGUUUUGGGUAAUGUUUUAAGUGGAAGGUAAGGUAAGAGCUUGAUACCCAGCGGAGCAUCUUUAGGGUCUACAUUUUCUUUUGUAUGUGAAUAUCUAAUCUCACUUAGAAUAGUUUUUUGUUAUCUUUGGAUAUUUGCUAUCUUUGGAUACUUGA